AUGUUGUUUCAUGACACUUCUACCUACAAAGAGAAGUUUGGCUGGGGAAGAUUCCGGCCUGCCCCCUUGCGGUUUCUCGCCACCGUACAGGGAAUGUUGGCCCUGUUGGUGAUAGCCUCCGUGGUCCAAAGCAUGGCGCUCUCAGGUUUGGUUGGGUCGACCAUCUCUACCAUCGAGAAACGGUACCAACUUCCAAGUUCUAGGUCAGCUCUGGUUUCGACCGUUUACGACGUGACGUACGCUGUAGCAGCUCUUCUCAUCACCUUCGUCAUCAAGACCAGGAGGGGCAAAAUCAUCAACAUCGCGGCGGGAACCUUCCUGUUGGGCGUCGGUCUGUUUCUGUACAGCCUCCCGCAUUUCACCGUGGGGCUGUACAACUACGGCGACGCGGUGAGCGUUACCUGUGAUCCCGCUUCUAACAGCACAUUCACCGCCUGUGUGGAGGAAGAGCGAGGCCUCUCCGAUCUGCUGUAUGUCAUUCUUUUAGCACAAGGCGUGAGCGCGAUCGGAUCUAUGAGUAUUUAUGUAUUUGGAAAUGAUAUUCUGGAGAGCACGUCACCACAAGGCUCAGGCGGGUUCUAUCUCGGUAUUCUGAGCGCCUCCAGAGUAGCUGCAGGGGCGGUAGGUUUUAUCGUCAACGGACAGCUUCUGAACAUUUUCAUCGACUUCAACAAACCUGGAAAUAUUCCACCAUCAGGAGGUCUAGGAGAUGCCCGCUGGCUGGGUGCCUGGUGGCUCGGCUUCCCUCCACUGGCUGCAGUGGCAAUAUUGACCGCUCCGUGGAUACUUGGACUGCCUGGAAAAAUAUCAGCCGAGAAAAAAGCCAUAGAUGAGGACGUCAAAGGCUCAUUAGAAAAAGAGGAAUCGAGCGAGGCUAAAGGACUGCUGCGGGUGCUGGACUUCUUCAAACAACUCUGGUCCCUGGUCACCAACCCGAUAUUUGUGUUCAUGGUGUUAGUGGGUAUAGGUACAAACAUGUGCUAUACUAGUCUCAACACUUUCGGCAUCAAAUACGUUGAAAACCAGUUCGCCAUGUCUGCUGGUGCCGCUUCUAUCGCUUCGGGUUUAACCAUCAUCCCUGCCGGCAUCCUUGGGUCCGUGAUUGGAGGACUGGUGAUGAGGAAGUAUAAGCUGGGAGUGACCGGAUCUCUGAAGAUCACGCUGGUCGGGAUAGCCUGUAUGUUCCUCCUGCCGCUGGGCUUUGCUGUUCGCUGUCCGAAUACUGUCAUGGCGGGCGUCACAGUGCCUUAUGGAAACGGGUCUGUUCCCAGGACGCCUGUUGUGGGUGCAGCAGAGUUAGUGUCCCGCUGUACCCAGGACUGUCCCUGUCCGCCCGCCUACAACCCCGUCUGUGGAGCCGGCGUGGAGUACUUCUCGCCAUGUCUCGCGGGAUGUUGGAACGCCUCGCGAGAACAGGGAUACACAUCAUGCUCCUGCUAUGCUGGUGAUGAACCAGUGGACGUUACGGACACGUUCUCGGUGACUUCAGGUCGCUGCUCUAACGGCUGUACCCUGCUCCCACUGGCCAUGGCUCUGCUGUUCCUCUUCUCUUUCGGCCUGGGGCUGGCUAACGCUCCGAGGACGGUCAUUGUCUUGAGCUGUGUUCAGGAGAACCAGCGAUCAUUUGCUCUCGGCAUCGAAUCUGUCGUUCGGACUUUCCUCGGUUCUGUACCUGCUCCGCUGGUGUUCGGCGCUCUGGUGGACCAGGCAUGUUUACUGUGGGACCAGAACUGUGGCCAGCGAGGGGCGUGUCUCAUGUACGAUAACGCCUUACUCAGCACGUACCUGGCCAUACUCAUGGCCGCUCUAGCAUCAUGGUCCUUCCCUUGUGCCUGCCUUGCCAUGUACUUCUGGAAGCGCAGGAACACAUCAGAAGUAUACGAAGUCGACAGGACAGAAAAUGAGAAAGAAAUUUAAUGCUUUAGAGACUAAACACA